UUUAAAAAAUAAACGAGGAGACUCAGCCAUAGGACAAUAUAUUUUUCUAUUAUUUACAAUAGAAAUUUCUCAUUUCAUAAAUUUAAUUAUAAAUAAAGGCAAAAUGUAUUCCAUCUUCAGCAAGGGUGUUUUAUGCGCCGUAUUUGUAUUUCUGUCAGCAGCAUGUGGAAGUCCACUGUCGAGGAUGAGGCGUUCAUCGACGUCUUCUAGCCAACAAGACGGGCCUUUCAGCAGGUGCUCCAACACAUCGUCGUUAACUUAUCCACAACUGUAUUAUCCUGCGACAAAUACUGUCCCCGUCCAUGCGUUUGAUACGAGUCUACUUUCACAAACUAACUACAAUACGGAGAGCGAGAUCCCACACAAAGAAUGUCCGUACAACAAAGUGCCAACCGACUAUAGUUUAUCUGAGUCUGGUCUUUGUCCGUUUGAAUUUUAUGAAGACUACCAAGCUGAUCGAAUCCCAGCCAAAAUUAUGAAAGCAAGGUGCCGACCGACCUGUACCACCUGCAUCGACCCCUUCGACAACACGCAGACGUCGACGUUGGGAUGUAAAGAAGUCAUGUACACAAUGAAAGCCAUGAGGAAGGUUGGCUGUGAGGGAAGUGUGUUCCAAUUUGAACAGUACGAUGAAAUCUUUCCUGUUGCCUGUAUUUGCCAAAGAACCGUGAGACCGUCGAAUAAUCCGGGUUCAGGGGGCCUACCACCAAAUUAAACGAUCGUCACGUCUGUCAAACAUGGAAGUAAUUCAUUAAUGAGAGAUUAUACGUGUGUGUUAGCUGAAACCUUGAUUAUACAGAGUAUAUUAUUUAUUUAUGCAGGGUAUUAUUGUCAUUUAUUCAGAUGUAGGCCUACAUAUUAUAUAAAUGCAAUUUUUAUACGGUAAUUUGAUUUUUCCAAUAACUGACGAUACGUGGUAUAUCAUGUGUGUUAAAUUAAUCUAUUUUCAGAAUAAUAAAAUAUAAGUAUUAUAUUAUUAAAUAAUUAUAUUUUACAAUAAAACUUAAAAUUGCAUUCAUUUUAGAACGCCAUUAAGCUUAAUUUAUAUUUAUCAUUAUUAUAACUAUUUAAUUUAUGAGAAUAUUCUAUUUAUGUUUUUACGAUAUUUUAAUUGCGGAUAAAUCCGUAUUGUACUACAGUAUAUAUUAUGGCUUUAAAAGAGACGAAGCUUAGGGGAUAUCUGUGUGGCACACGUGUCUAGUGGUACGUGUGAUGUGUUUAUGUGCAUUUUACACAUGACGCAAAUAAUCCCUAUCGGGACAUACUCGCUGUUGUAAGCAGUUUGAACAUUUUCAAGUAUCUACUAUGUAGAGAAUGAAUUUAUAGGUAACACAUGACCAAGUGGUCACGUGCCCGUUUUCUUUUUAAACUACAUAAGGAAAAAUUGUAAAAAUUUUAUAUUAUAUUGUAACAUAUACAAUGUCUUUUAUAAUUUAAUUUUUGAUGCAUAUAUUAUGCCAAAUAUAUUAUUUAUUCUUCUUUUAGGAGUGAUCUAAAAUUGUACAUAAUUAUUAAUAGACCUACAAAUUAUAAGCAAUAAUAAAUGUAGGCCUAUAUUCACACUUAGGCAUACAUUUUAGAGUUAAGACUAGCUUAGGAAUUUAAUUAUUUUAUUUUUUUUAAAUGUAAUGCAUAUGCCAAAUGGGUUAUUUUCUCUAUAUAAGUGAUCUUAAAUUGUACAUAAUAUUUGCAAGCAUGCUUGCAAGCAGAUUAUAUACAUAGGCCUAUCAUAGGGCUAAAGUUUUAGAGUUACGAAAGCUUACGAAUUUACCAGUGUUAUGGUAUUUUAAAUUUAUUAUAUCCGUUAUAAAUUCAAUGGAUAUACCAAAUAGCCUAAUUGCUGUAUUCUUCCUAUAAGAGUGACGUUCAAUUGUACAUAAUGUGACGUAUUUAUACAAGUUGUAUAGCCAAAUUUCAAAACGUUGAAUGCUUUCAAGAAAAUGAUAUUCAAUCACAGGCCUAAAGUUGUUAAAUUAAGAAAGCUUACACAAUUAUUAUAGCUUUAUUGUAUUAUAAUUUUAUUUAUAAAUAUAUAUAUAUAUAUAUAUUAUUGAAAUUAUAUUAUUUUAUGAUAAUUAAGUUAUUUAAAUCCAAAUAUAGAUAUUUAUUACGGUAUGCUACUUAUGUUAUUUGAUCCAUCGAUUAUAUUAAUUAGGUUUAAAUAAACUUUUUGACAUUGUUUGAAGAUGUAUGGGGAAUUUAGCAAUAUUGAAAUAUUUGUUUUAAUCACAGAAAAAGUAAAAAGUACUAUAUAACAUAAAACCAAUCUAUUUUCAUAGCGGUAACAAAAUUAGAGGCUUAAUACUUUAUAUACCUUUAGCAAUUUGUGUAGAAUAGAACAGAAAAGUAGGCCGAAUGUUGGUUUUAAGAAAAGGUGUGCAUAAACAAACUGAUGGUAGAAAUUAUAAGGAGAUUGUACUUAAAAAAUAAAUUGUUGCUUCAUGUUAACUUCAUGCUGAGUAGUAUCAUUUUUGCUAAAUAAAAUUAUUAUUAUU